UGUUUUGAACGAAAAUCAAGGAAGUUAAAAUAAUUGUUGAAUUUCAUGUUAAUAUUUAAAUACUGUAUUGUCCCUAGACGUUAAUAGUGUUAACAAAUAUUAUUCAUAAUAGUUUUUUGUGUUUAAAACAGAUUUUUCAAGCUGCUUUUAUUUUAUGAAAAUGAAAUAUUCAAAGUGGAAAUGGUUCCAAAUAAAUACAGAAAUUACAAAUUCCAUCCGCACCGCUUAAGAAUAAUUUUCAAAAAUUCUCUUCAAACGCAUAAAAAUGUUGGGAAGGAAGCAGAGCUUGAAAGGAGAGCCUGUGCUGGCUGAUUACGGACCAGAGGAAUCGCUAAAUGAAAGUGCUGAUAUCGAAUGGGUUAAUAAGCUAUGGGUUAGAAGAAUUUUGAGACUAUGUGCCCUUUUGAGUUUGAUGUCUGUAUCUUUAAACACACCAAAAUCAUUUGAGAAGUAUCCUUAUCUUCAAACUAUAACUUUUGUAGUUGAUUGCUGCGUAACUCUACUUUUUACUGCUGAAAUGAUUGCUAAAAUGCACAUAAGAGGAAUUCUUAAGGGGGAUGUCGCAUACCUAAAAGAUCAUUGGUGCCAAUUUGAUGCUUCUAUGGUAUUUUUUCUUUGGGUAUCUGUAUUGCUACAAAUGUUUGAGUUAACAGGAAUUGUACCUAGAUACAGCUAUUUAAGCAUACUAAGAGCACCUAGGCCAUUAAUUAUGAUACGGUUUUUAAGAGUAUUUUUGAAGUUUUCAAUGCCAAAAUCUAGAAUAAACCAGAUAUUCAAGAGAUCAAGUCAACAAAUCUACAAUGUUACACUAUUCUUCUUGUUUUUUAUGUCACUGUAUAGUUUGCUUGGUGUUCAAUUUUUUGGAGAGCUCACACAUCAUUGUGUUAGGAACAACACCCACCCAAGUGACAUAACGAUAAACUCAUUAGCAAUCCCAGACACGUUUUGCUCCCCUGACCCUGACUCUGGAUAUCAGUGCCCUUCUGGUAUGAAAUGUAUGAAACUAAAUUUAUCAAAGUAUAUUAUGGGCUUCAAUGGAUUCGAGGAAUUUACAACAAGUUUAUUUACGGUAUACCAGGCGUCUUCACAAGAAGGAUGGGUGUUUAUAAUGUAUCGAGCUAUAGAUUCGUUGCCAACUUGGAGAUCUGCCUUAUACUUUAGCACGAUGAUAUUUUUCUUGGCCUGGCUGGUAAAAAACGUGUUCAUAGCUGUCAUCACGGAGACCUUCAAUGAGAUUAGAGUUCAGUUCCAGCAGAUGUGGGGCGUUCGGAAUCCAAUAACUAAAGGUAGCACGACUCAGUUCUUUACUGGCGACGACAACGGCUGGAAAUUGGUCACUAUUGAUGAAAAUAAACAUUCAGGUACUGCACCAGAUAUAUUUCAUCGAUUGUUGCGAUCCGCUUACUUUCGGCUUUUGGUGAUGAGCGCGGUGUUAGCAAAUGGAAUUAUAACAGCCUCUAUGCAGUUUCAUCACGACGGAAACCCCAGAGAAUAUUUCUACCAGAAGUAUUACUAUAUAGAAAUUGCAUUUACGAUUUUCUUGGAUUUGGAAGCUUUACUCAAGAUCUGGUGUUUGGGUUUGAAAGGAUAUUUCAAGCAUUCUGUCCACAAGUUUGAAUUGCUCUUGGCUAUUGGGACCACGUUGCACAUUAUACCCCAGCUGUACAUGUCGGCUUUCACUUAUUUUCAGGUUCUUCGAGUGGUACGACUAAUAAAAGCAUCGCCGAUAUUGGAAGGAUUCGUGUACAAGAUCUUUGGACCCGGGAAAAAACUAGGAAGCCUUAUUAUAUUCACCAUGUGCUUGCUCAUCAUAAGCUCAUCGAUUUCGAUGCAGUUGUUUUGCUUUCUGUGUGAAUUUACCAAAUUUGAAACAUUUGAUGAGGCAUUUAUGUCAAUGUUCCAAAUACUCACACAAGAAGCUUGGGUUGAAGUAAUGGACGAGACCAUGGUUCGAACCAGUCAAACUCUUACCCCAUUAGUGGCCAUUUACUUCAUAUUAUACCAUCUAUUCGUCACUCUGAUUGUACUUUCGCUCUUCGUUGCCGUCAUUUUAGACAAUCUCGAGCUGGACGAGGACAUAAAGAAGUUAAAACAAUUAAAGUACCGACAGCAGAGCGCCGAAAUCAAAGAGAGCCUGCCGUUUAGAUUGAGAAUAUUCGAAAAGUUCCCCGACAGUCCGCAGAUGACGAAGCUACACAAAGUCCCUGGGGAUUUUAAUUUACCAAAGGUGCGAGAGUCGUUCAUGCGGCAGUUCGUGUGCGAGGUGGAGGGCGAGGAGGAGGCGGGGGGCGCGGGGCCGGGGGGCGCGGACCUGUCCCGCCGCACCUUCGAGUACAUCAGCGUCGCCAAGAUCGCCUUCCCGUACCGCAAGCGCUGCCUCGUCAAGACGCUGGUGGUGGCGCCGCCCUCGCAGCGACCCAGCUCGGCGCUGCGGAGACACGUCGUCACCUCCAUUAUAGAGGACUCCAAUAAUCACCGACCGCUACUGGGAGACUCUGCAAUGUUAGCGACCGGAGGGAAGUCAGGUCUGAAACCUCAAGGCACUAUAUCCAGUGCGAAACAACUUCGCGUCGAUCAAAAAAAGUUCGGCUCGCGUUCGAUAAGACGGUCGGUCCGAAGCGGAUCCAUCAAGUUGAAGCAGACCUAUGAGCAUUUGUUAGAGAACGGCGACAUCGGCGCCGCGUCGCGCGUCGUGCCCUCGUCGCGAGCGCGCCCGCCAUACCUCGACAUCCGCUUGCUGCAAGCCAAGAGGCAACAGGCCGAAAUGCGACGAAAUCAACGUGAAGAAGACCUCCGCGAAAAUCACCCGUUGUUUGAUACGCCGCUGCUAAUAGUGCCUAGAGAGUCACGAUUUCGAAAGAUUUGUCGAGCCAUUGUCGACGCACGGUAUGACGCGAGACUUCGAGAUCCAAUUACUGGCAAUGAAAGGAAAGUGCACUACAAAAGUUUUCAUAAUUUCCUCGGCUUAGUAACUUACAUGGAUUGGGUAAUGAUCAUGGUGACGACGUUGUCGUGUUUAUCUAUGAUGUUCGAAACACCCACGUACAGAGUCAUGGAAAACUUCGUUUUACAAAUUGCAGAAUACGGCUUCGUGAUUUUCAUGAGCCUCGAAUUGGCUUUGAAGAUUUUGGCCGAUGGAUUGUUUUUCACACCCAAGGCUUACCUCAAAGAUGCCGCUGCCGUGUUAGAUGUCUUUAUAUACAUUGUGUCGCUGACAUUCCUGUGCUGGAUGCCGCGGCGCGUGCCGCCCGGCUCGCCCGCGCAGAUGCUGAUGAUCCUCCGCUGCGUGCGCCCGCUCCGGAUCUUCACCCUCGUGCCGCACAUGCGCAAGGUCGUCUACGAGCUGUGUAGAGGCUUCAUGGAAAUUCUACUGGUAUCGACGUUAUUGAUCUUAUUGAUGUUUGUUUUUGCACUGUACGGAGUUCAAAUCUACGGCGGUAGAUUGGCUCGAUGCAAUGAUCCGACUAUACUCCGUCGCGAAGACUGCGUUGGAGUUUUCAUGAGACGCGUGUUUGUCACCAAGAUGAAACUGAAACCCGGACAAAAUCAAACGUUCCCUUCGAUGCUCGUGCCGAGAGUGUGGGCAAACCCCAAACGUUUUAGCUUCGAUAACAUCGGCGAUGCUCUCCUGACACUGUUCGAAGUGCUCUCGUUCAAGGGAUGGCUGGAUGUUCGAGAUGUACUGAUAAAGGCUUUGGGUCCUGUUCACGCAAUUUACAUACAUGUGUACAUAUUUCUGGGAUGCAUGAUUGGUUUGACGUUGUUUGUCGGUGUUGUCAUCGCGAAUUACUCCGAGAACAAGGGAACGGCGCUGCUCACUGUCGAUCAAAGGAGAUGGUGUGAUUUGAAGAAGAGAUUGAAAAUCGCGCAACCGCUACAUCUCCCCCCGCGACCAAAUAAAAGGAAAAUAAGGGCUUUUGCCUAUGACGUCACUCAAAAUCUGGCUUUCAAGAGAGUGAUCGCCUUCGUUGUUCUUAUAAAUAGUGCACUACUUGCAGUCACGUGGUCAAAAUAUUCCCGAUACACGGAGCACUUGGCCCUAACUUCGGCUCUUCUAACAUUGGUGUUCGUGGUCGAAGUUCUGCUGAAGACCAUAGCGUUCACGCCCCGCGGAUACUGGCAGAGUCGGCGCAACAGAUACGAUCUACUUGUAACCGUCGCUGGAUGUAUAUGGAUAUUUAUGCAUUUUACGCUCAAGAACGAUCUAUCAUAUUUCGUCGGGUUCAUGGUAGUGAUACUCCGGUUCUUUACGAUAACGGGCAAACACACCACACUCAAGAUGUUGAUGCUGACCGUCGGCGUCAGCGUCUGCAAGAGCUUCUUCAUCAUAUUCGGCAUGUUCUUGUUGGUGUUCUUCUAUGCAUUGGCCGGCACUAUCGUGUUCGGAAAUGUCAAAUACGGUGAAGGAAUUGGAAGACGCGCGAACUUCAACUCGCCGAUCCACAGCGUGGCGAUGCUGUUCCGCAUCGUGACCGGCGAGGACUGGAACAAGAUAAUGCACGACUGCAUGGUGGCGCCGCCCUACUGCACCCCCGCCGACAACUACUGGGAGACGGACUGCGGGAACUUCACCGCGUCGCUCGCUUACUUCUGCACUUUCUACGUCAUCAUCACGUACAUCGUGCUCAACUUGCUUGUGGCCAUCAUAAUGGAGAACUUUUCAUUAUUUUAUUCUAACGAAGAAGAUGCCCUACUAUCGUACGCCGAUAUAAGAAAUUUUCAGAACACUUGGAACAUUGUGGAUGUACACCAAAAAGGUGUUAUACCGGUUAGGAAGGUGAAGUUCAUAUUACGUUUAUUAAAAGGUCGCUUGGAAUGCGACACUCACAAAGAGCGCCUCCUGUUCAAAUACAUGUGCUACGAGCUGGAGCGGCUCCACAACGGCGAGGACGUUACAUUCCAUGACGUCAUCAAUAUGCUGUCUUACCGAACUGUGGACAUUCGAAAGUCAUUACAAAUGGAGGAGUUGUUAGCGAGGGAAGAGUUUGAAUUUCUCAUUGAAGAGGAAGUAGCGAAGCAGACUAUCCGGACUUGGUUGGAAGGCUGCCUUAAGAAAAUAAGAGCAAACAGCAGCAAACAGCAAACCAGUCUUAUUGCUGGAUUGCGUAAGACAAACGAACAAGCGGUCGAUAUGAGCGGCGAAAAAGACAAAGAGAAAUCGGAUACUGAAGCUCAACAAACUGUCACCGCAACCGGCCGCGUUGAAAUGACUGAAUCUGCUUCUCAGCCUGCUAUGUCAAAUAUUACAUCUUCGUCGUUUGACUCACAACCAUCGAAGCGAUCUUCCGCAAAAGCUCAAUUUAAACGACCGUGCUUACCAUCCGUCACGGUGCCAAGACCAGAAAGUCCCAUUAAAAAAUAUCUUCAACCAACCCUCAGCGACCCGCAUCCUGCACUUAAGAAAUCCCCACCGGUUAUGAAAAGCAACAGUCGCACGACGCACAACACGCACGCCAGCGCCGCCCGCGAGCAGCCCGCGCUCCACGACGUGCGCUCAUGGUGGACGGCGCAGCUCGGCAGACAUCCGCUCGUCGACACCGAAUGAAUACUUACACUUAUACAAUUAAGUUUUGUGCCAAAAUAGAGAAAAAAAAUGUUUAUUCCUCAUAUGGAGGGUAGAUGUAAGGAAAACCGUCUCAUAUGGGAGAGGCUUGAAAAAGUGUCCCACUUUCAACACUAAAUAACAGUUCAAAAAUUCUCCAGAAUGGCGCUAGCAUAGGCACAGGGUAUGAUAUUAAUUGAGCAGUUGUUAACUCAUUGAAGUAUGCUGAAUUAGGAAAUUUAAUAUACAUAGUUAAUGACUAGAGUAGUGAGUGACAGUAUAAUAUACAAGACCUCACAUGUUUACGUAGUCCAAAACUAAUUUCGUCAAUAUAACCUAAAAUUAUUGCUGAGGUAAAACGUGGAGACAUCGAUUGCAUUUUCUUAUCAGCUUAAAUAAAAUACUUUUUGUGAUUUUGUAGUGCUUACAGUUCUUUCGUCCUUUUUUAUUUCUCUGUUAUUCUUAUAACUUUCAGCGCCUUUUUUUAAAUUUAGCCGGUUGCUACUGUAGUGCCACCCUUAUUUAGCAGAUUUUAACGGACACUUUUUACAUACAGAGACGGUUCUCCUCUACCCUCAAUAAUUCCUCAAUUCCAAAGGGUGACAAUUCUUCUUCUCCUUUUUAUUUUUUAACUCCGGCGCGGUUUGUGCAUUAGCCAGUGUCAAAUAACAAUUUUUUUAUAAUUCGCCGUUUUAAUUAUUUACAGUUUAUGAAUAAUCAAAAACGAAGGAAACCCAAAUUAAUCAACUGACAUAAAAUUGAAUGAAAUGAGAUGAGGUGAUAUGGAAUGAAAUAUAAUCUCAGUAAAAUGGUGGUUAUUUACGUGUAGUAUGUAUAGACAAUCAACCGCCGAUUUUCGUUUUCCUUUUAUUGAAUUUUCAACUAUAUAAUAUCAAAAUUUAGACCUCAUCACUAAAAUUGGAUGAAAUUUAUGUGCCGAAACCAAAGACUUGUAAACGUUACAGAUUGUAUUUUUAGUGUUAUUGUUAUUUCUAUUAAAUUUUAAAACGCAAUUUUUGACGGAGGACUAGAGUUAAUAAAAUUAUUAUGAAAUAUUUUAAAUAAACAAGGAGACAUCGUUGUCGGUUUUAGCCUACAUACAGUGCAACUCGUGUGCUUGUAAAAUUGUCGUAGUUUUAGUUUUAUGAAGAAAAUAAAAAAAAUUAAUUGUAUGUAA